AUGUCGGCCUCCGAAGACCUCGAAACAGACAUCAAUCAAGGACCAAGAAUUCUGAUUGCGACGGCGAUCACAACGGCCGCCGCGCUGUUCACCGUUCUCGCCCGAUUCUAUGUUCGCAUAUUCAUCAUUCGGAACCUCGGAUGGGAUGACUAUAUCAUGGGCUUGACAAUGCUGUUGUCAGCAUGCGGAUUUGCCCUUAUAGUCCCGGAAGUGAAAUAUGGCGCAGGGAGGCAUAUCUCCUUUGUUGGAGAAUCCGCGAAAACGGCCAUGCAUCUGAACUUCGCUACCCAGGGAAUUUACCUUUUCGCGAUCGGCACAGUCAAGAUAUCGAUCGGUUUGUUUCUGCUUCGCUUUGCAGCAAGAAAAGGGUACAAGAUCUUCAUCUGGGCUGUGAUUGUGCUCAUGGCACUAUAUACUACAAUCUGCUUCUUGACUCUGGUCUUCCAGUGCAAGGAUAUCAGAAGCAAUUGGGACAACAAUGUGAAGUCAGAAUGCUUUGCGCCGAAGCAACUUCUGAUAUUGAGUUAUACCAACACUGCACUUAACAUUCUUACCGAUCUCAUUUUCGCUGCUCUCCCCAUACUCAUGCUACGACAUCUUCAGGUGAAUCGUCGGGUAAAGGCAUCUUUGAUAUGCAUCUUGGGUCUGGGGGUUUUUGCCUGUGCUGCCGCAUUUGUCAAACUAUCUAUUCUCCCAAGCUACGGCCGCACCGGUGACUUCCUCUGGGACUAUACAAACCUCACGAUCUGGGUUGUCACGGAGUGCAACACAGGUAUCAUCGCUGGCAGUCUUCCAACGCUUAAGCCACUCUUCAAAAAAGUGCUCGGAACAUACGGCUCGCCGUCCAAAACCACCAGAGAAUAUUACAACAGCAAGCAGUACAGACUCCGCUCGAUGUCGAGAUCGCGUGGCACUGCUCUACACUCCCAUGGACACCAAAGUGGUAAUCUCAGUGUGAUUGAGCACCAAGUUAUGAAACGCCCGGCAUCUGAGAUUACAUCAACGGCGAACUCGCCUACAUACGCUGCAAGUGGAGGUAGCAACUCCAGCGAAGAGCGCAUUUUACCAAUUCAGGGAGAAGGCAUAGUCUGUACGACCGAGGUUAUGGUUUCUCAUUCUCAAGACCUCCCACAAAUCCCCCUAGUCCUCAUGUUCCCACUUUGG